UGGCACUCCUCCAUUGCAGGUAGAUGAGUACUUCUACAAUACAAAUAGAUCAAAGACCACUAUUCUGUAGUAAAUAGGGAUGAUGCCACAAUCAUCUCUCUUAGUCCUCUUCAUCUUCUUCUCAACCAGCCAGGCACUCUGCAGUGACAAUAAUGGAGGCAUGUACAUGCCAAACAAUACCUACAAAUUAAACCUUAUCACCCUUGCUCAGAUACUAUUUGCCAACGCCACGGAAGUACACUCAGCUACUGGCAUGGCUGGCAUAGGCCCAGACAAGGUCUACGGCGCGGUGCUUUGCCGAGGUGAUUCUGAUGGCUCCGACUGUCAUAAGCGCCUAACUAAGGCCCUUGAUGAAGCAAUCAACAGCGAAGCUGGCUACUCUAACUCCCUCCAGAGCAACAGGAAUGUGACUUACUACUACGACCAAUACCAGGCACAGAUAAGCUUCUCCGACCAGGACUUCAUUUCCAGCUUCAGCAACGUGCCAGGGUGCACCAUGAAUACUAACCUGAACUCCAUGACGGCUACUGUAGUGAAGCCUUUUGAGGAUCUUGUCACCAAGCUGUUGCGUGCUCUUGCUGAUGCUGUGGUGAGCCGAGCAGAGAAAUAUGCAGUCGGCAAAGCUUGGUUUGAAGAGACAGGACAGACGGUGUAUGGUCUGACACAGUGCAUACAGGAUGUGCCAUAUGAGCAUUGUGCGGCCUGCCUGGAUGGCAUCAUCUCAGACAGGCAGAGUAAGAUUGCUUCUGGACAGAUGGGAGUGGUGAUUCUUGGGUUGUGGUGCACACUGCGGUAUGAGACCGAAACACAGUUCUUUACCGAUACCAAGAUGUUGUCGCUAAAUGCGGUCACAAGAAGUAAAACACAUAUCUUUCAAUGGAACAAUUCGGUCUUGGUUAGCGUUGGAGGUUUCCUGCUAGUACUAUCUAUUUCUUGCAUGGCUUUUCAUAUAUGGAUCAGAACACAACAACAAAGAGAAAAAACAGUUUUUAAGCUACGACAGCUCUACUUGGCAAUACAAAUUGCAAUAAAUCUUUGGAGGAUGGGAGGAACCAACCCAGAAUUUUCUCUGUAUGAUUUCUCCCAGAUAAAUGAGGCCACAAAUAACUUCUCGAUUGAUAAUCAACUGGGACAAGGUGGCUUCGGUCCUGUAUAUAAGGGGAGAUUGAGCAAUGGACUUAAAAUAGCAGUCAAGAGACUGGAAACGAGUUCUCUACAAGGUUUAAUGGAGUUCCAAAACGAAAUUCAACUUAUAGCAAAGCUUCAACACAAUAAUCUUGUGAAACUGCUGGGAUGUUGCACUCGAGGAGAUCGAGAAAAGAUGCUUGUAUAUGAAUACAUGGAAAACAAAAGCCUUGACUACUUCAUCUUUGAUAUUGCUAAAGGAGCACGGUUAAACUGGUCAAAACGUCUACAUAUAAUUAAUGGGAUUGCUCAAGGUCUUCUUUAUCUUCACAACUACUCACGAUUAUGUGUUGUUCAUAGGGAUUUGAAAGCGAGUAACAUACUAUUGGAUAGUGUAAUGAAUCCCAAGAUAUCUGAUUUUGGGAUGGCCAGAAUAUUCCGCUCAAAUAUGGCAGAGUCAAAUACCACUAGAAUAGUGGGCACGCAUGGCUACAUACCUCCAGAGUAUGUUUGUGAGGGAGUUUGCUCUAUCAAGACAGAUGUAUUUAGCUUCGGCGUGUUGAUUUUGGAAAUAAUAAGUGGAAAAAGGACAGCAGAAUUCUAUCAUUACGAUGGAAAUCUAUACAAUCUCAUUGCAUACGCUUGGCAACUUUGGAGAGAUGGAAAGUUAGGUGAGUUUACUUAUCGUCCACCAGGGAACGAAAAUCAAGAGAUAGAAAGGUGCAUUCAUCUGGCACUUUUAUGUGUUCAAGAAAGUGCAGAGGAUCGACCUGCUAUGGAGCAUGUUGUCACAAUGCUAAACACCAAGAAUGUGAGCUUACCUAUGCCUAUGCAACCUGCUUACUUCAAUGUAAAUCGAAGUGAGCGAGACGCUUUGUCAUGCAACACUACUAUGAGCAUCACGUUAGAAAGGUAGCACCACAUAGUCAUUAAUGCUAAGAAAGAUACUAGUGAUAUUAAUUAAGUUUAUCUGUAUCCAGAGGGAAUUAUUGGCAUUAAUAUAGUGGUAUCAAUGUUUUUAAUGUUUACGCA